AUGCGAUCAUCUAAAGUUUAUCUUGAAGCAAAAAAGAAGUAUCCAAAUUCAAAUUUUGUUGUUAUUUCUCUUGGUACUGGAUAUUACCCAAAACCUUUAGAAAAAUAUAAUAAUGCUGGUAUUGUUCAAUGGGUAAGUCCCUUAAUUAGUCUUUUGAUGGAUAAUGAACAAGUAAAUCAUCACAACACUAUGAAAAUGCUAGCUGAAUUUAAUGGUGAAACAUAUUAUCGGAUUCAGCCUGUAAUGGAUGUAGAAUUGAAUUUAGCUGACGUAGGAGAUGAAGAGGUUAAAAAACUUCUUGCACUAGGCGAUAAAGCUAUAGAUGAUCCUGAUAGUAAAUUGGAUGAAAUAGUUCGUUUGCUGGUUGAUAAAUGUAAAAAAAAUAAUAAGAAAACCACAACAUGA